AAGAGAAAAUGCACUUAUCUCAAUGCAUAAUUUCACAAAUAUAGUAUCGACUGAGCUAACAAAGUCUUAGUCGACGGAGACUUAUCAAAAUUGUUUCACAAAUGUUUGGGUGACAGGGGCAGGGCAAGAACACAAGUGGAAUUCCCAUGAAACCGAGACAGAUACUGCAUGGCAGCAAUAUUCCCUGCCGGGCUGCUGCCGCCUGCCAGUGCCCCUGGCCAGUCAAUCAGCCCUACUAGAUUAAGGAGCAGGAACAGCAGAGACGCAUCAGCGUCAGAGACUGGAAAGGAGGAAACUGAAAACGAGACAUCAAUGGAAAAAAGAGAGAGAAAUGAGACAGAGUAAGCUAAACAAACAAACCUGGAGGAGUGGUGCCAACAAAAGCGAGCGCAAAGGCGAAGCUGAAAGCUGCCUUCCCAUCCAUCCAUCAAUCCGCGCGCUUUCUUUUCUUUUAAAGCGCCUCUUCUUCCUCCUCCUUCCCUUUCCCUGAAGCCACCGGCCGCCACUGCUGCCUGCGGGACAGGAGCAAUGAAGAAGAUCAAGGCGGCGCGCGGGGGAGCGGCGGCCACGGCGCCGACCGACCUGCUCGUCUGCUUCCCCGGGCGGCAGCACCUGGCGCUGAUGCCCAAGUCGAUGUGCAGCCCGUCCAGGGCCGCCCUGGACAAGGCGGUCGCCGCGCGCCGGAGGCAGCUGCAGCUCCCGGCCGCGCCCGCCGCGCGGUACGGGGGAGGAGGGCGCGGUGGCACUAGUAGCCCGCUGUUCCGCGGCUCUAAGGCGAAGCAGACCGUCGGGGACGACGAGCCACAGUCGCCCAAGGUGACGUGCGCCGGGCAGAUCAAGGUCGGCCGGCCAAAGAAGCCGAGGCCGGUGGUGGAGAAGAACGGCAAGGGUGACAGCAGCAGCGGUAGCAGGUGGGUCACCGUCUCGGAGGAGAUCGAGCGACUGCAGGAGCAGAGGAAGAAGGCGAGCUGGCUGGAGACCGUCGGGAUCAGGAGGGACGCGCUGCCCUUCCUCGGCGGCGCGCUCUGGAGCCUUCGGCACAAGGUGAGGUGCUUCGGGUCGUCGCUCCCCGCCGCGGUGGACUCCUCGACGGACGACGACGAUGACAUGGGGGAGCGCGAGCGCGAAUCCGCCGCCGUCGGAGGCAGCGCCACCGCGAGCGUGUUCUCCAAGUGGCUCAUGGUGCUGGAAAGGAGCCAUGAACCCCACGAGCAAGACGACAACGACGACGAGCUGAACCAAGAAGACGGGCGGCCGAGCAAUGAGACGGGAGACGACUGCUCCAAAGCGCCGUCCGUGCCGCCGCCGCCGAACGCGCUGCUCCUGAUGCGGUGCCGGUCGGCGCCGGCGAAGGGCCUGACGAGGAAAGGAGCAGAGGCGGCCGGCGAGGAGGCCGCGCAGGAGAAGGGGGGCGUGGAGGAGAAGAGGGACGAGCUGGUGUUCAUGAGAACGGCGCCGGACUUCCUGAAGCUGUCCAUCGACAUCGCCAAGGAGACGUGGGUCGUCGGCGGCGUGGACCCCCUCGCGCGCAGCCGGAGCUGGAAGAGGUGACCUCUAGUCGCGCGCCGGUAGCCGUUGUACAGAGCUCGACGUGUACCUUCCUUGCGCCUCGCCGGUUCCAAUGUUUAUUUUUCGCUUUGCAAAGCAUAAAUCCGAGCUACAGAAAAUGUUGUACGUAGAACGUUUCUCCGUGAUUCAAUGUCGACACGAUCGUAAGAGAAUCUGUGAUUGAA